UGGGCACAUUGACGGAGUUGCCUCCCAGAAAGGAGGAGGAGAAUCUGUGCUUUUAUUUUUCUUUCCCGACGGCCGCAGUUGAGCACAAAAGCGAAUUUUAAGCAGACAAGCUGCUACUCAACACCUGGCGCAAAUGUUCCUCGUCCGGGGUGGAGAAGCCCACUACUAUUAUCUGAAGACAUUUUGCCUUUUUCUUUUCCCAUUGUUGUAAAAAAAAAAAGAGAGAGAGAGAGAGAGAGAGAGAGAGAGAAAGGGGAAGGGCUGUUCCAAGAAAAGAAAAACAACCAUUCGGAAAUGAUGUUACGCUUGAGAAAGUGCGCACUUUACGCGCGGGGCGCACAAUGAAACUUUAGGAUGUUGGAUCGCCUCGCCCUUGUGCUCGUUCGCGUGUCGGCCCUCGUGUCCUUUGUUGGGGACAGUUCUCGUGAACUCACUGUAGCCAUGUGUCGCGGGUGAGUUCUUCCGAAGCGCAAACACACACUCACAAAAAACAACAACAACAACAACAACAACAAAAAAGGCAGCAUGGGGGCCAAGCAGAGCACCCCUGCGUUUGAUGGCAGAACCCGGGCUUAUUCCAGCUCUGACCUCCCGUCUGGCCACGGACAGGGACGGGUUGCGGGCUUUAGGUACACCAAUGGGCCGGAUGGCCCCCGGAUCCGUUACACAGGCGCGGGGCCAACCAGCUCCGGACUCAGUAUCCCGGCGGGGGGCAGGUCGGGGUCACACGCGCUCAAUCAGAGCCUCGGCGGCGUGGAUGGCGACGAGGAGAGCGAGCUGCCGCCCGAGGGCCACAGGUUGCUCAUCGGGUCCCUGCCGGCACACCUGUCCCCUCAUCUGCUGGGAGGCUUCCACUGUCCUGUGUGCUCAAAGUUUAUGGCGUCGGACGAAAUCGAGAAGCACCUUCUCAUGUGUUUCAGCAAAACACGGCUCACCUACAACAAGGACAUCCUGUCCAGGGACUCUGGGGAGUGUGCCAUCUGUUUAGAUGAGCUGGAGCAGGGAGACACCAUCGCCAGGCUGCCCUGCCUCUGCAUCUACCACAAAGGGUGUAUAGACGAGUGGUUUGAGGUGAACCGCUCGUGUCCGGAGCAUCCCUCCGACUAGGAGCCGUCCAAUCCCUGGACUCUGUGCCCCCGAACCUCAUCGCAACCGUUCCCAGCCCGAGCGCCACGGCUCCUCAGGGAUCCAAGGAUCCACUGUCGUGCACCGGAACAGGUGAUAAAACUCUGGGUUGGGUUCCUCUGGAACGUUCAAAGAACCCCCCCCCCCCCACCUGGUCGAGGCAUCCGAUCUCCAGAAAAUAUUGUGAAUCCUAAUGCCACCUUCUGGCCUGAAGCGGUGCCGGUGGAACCUGGGCUCCGGACGGCUUUGCUGAACAGGGUGUGGUUUUUAGAGCCGAGGACUUGUGUAACCAAUCUUAGGCCGCAGGAUUCUUCGGCGGAGACUCAGACGAGAGACUGUCGAGACUUGAUCCGAAGGCUGAGGGCUGUUCUUGUGCAAUGUAAAAACAAUCAGCCGUUCACCGUUAGAAAUGCCUUUUUUUUCCAGCUUUAAGGGAUGAUGAAAGUGUUGAUCGUAGUUCGAAUGUAGAUCCUGAUUUUAUUGUGAAAUUGGUAAAAAAAAAAAAAAAAUCACCCCUUUUUUUUUUUCCUUUAAACAAUCAUGUGUCCUCGACCAAAUUGUGUACGGUGAAAAAGUUUGUUAAUCAUUUGCCCUUUCCACAGUGAUUGUGUACUUGUGAAACCAGAGACAGUCUGAAACGUAUAUAAUAAUGAUUCCUACUCAUAAGAAGUGCCAUAAUAUGCUGCUAUGUCAUAGACUGGAAUGUUUUCUGUAAUCUUUGAGCCUUUGUUCUUUCUAUUUGUACUGUAAGGUUUGCACAACAAUAAAUGUUUUGUCUUUGUGGGUU